GUAUCAGUUUAUUUUACGAGCGCGCACAUGACACGCCAAAAGUCUCGCAUCCUCCAUCAAGAUUCAACGUCAACAACAUAACAUGAACGACCACCUAAUAUUAGAGUCCCAGUCCCAUCCAAGCCGAAGCCGAAGCAACGCCACCGACCCACGCGUUGUCCACGCUCAAGCCAUCGUUGCCGCCAACACCGACCGCUGUGUCUACAACAACCUCAUCACUCUCUACUCCAAAUCCGACCUCUUGUCCUACUCCCUCCGCCUCUUCCACCAAAUCCCUUCUCCCAACGUCGUCUCAUGGACCGCACUCAUCUCCGCCCACGCCAACUCUAUCCUCUCCCUCCACCACUUCGUUUCUAUGCUCCGCCACCCCACCUUCCCCAACCAGCGCACCUUUGCCUCUCUCUUCAAAACCUGCACUGCGCUCCCUUCCUUCUCUUUCGGCCUUGGCCUCCACUCUCUCGCGCUAAAACUCUCUGUCUCUAGCGAGCCCUUUUCUGGGUCCGCACUCGUUAAUUUCUACUCUAAAUAUCGCUUACCCAAUGAAGCUCGUAAGGUGCUCGACGAAAUCACUCACAGAGAUGAGGUUUGUUAUUCCGCGAUUAUCGUGGGACUUGCACAGAAUUCACGGCCCUUUGAUGCGUUAUCGAUGUUUGCCGAAAUGAGAGCUUGCGAUGUGGCGUCCACGAUGUAUAGUGUCUCCGGCUCGCUUCGUGCAGCCGCAGAGGUUGCUGCAUGGGAGCAGUGUAGGUUACUCCAUGCCCAUGCGGUUGUUACGGGGUUAGAUUCCAACGUGAUUGUGGGUAGUGCUCUGAUUGAUGGGUAUGGAAAAGCAGGUUUUGUUCCAGAUGCUCGGGAGGUUUUUGAUGAGAAUUUUCCGGUGAUGAAUAUCGUGGGGUGGAAUGCAUUGAUGGCUGGCUAUGCACAGCACGGAGAUAACAACAUGACUCUCCAUCUUUUCAACUCAAUGGAAGCUCGAGGGCUUGUACCGGAUGAAUAUAGCUUUCUAGCAGUCCUAACAUCGUUUUGCAAUGCAGGUUUGGCUGUUGAGAGUGAGCAGUGGAUGAACAGGAUGAAAGUGGAUUACGGUUUGGAACCGGGACUAGAGCAUUAUACGUGUUUGGUGGGUGCAUUGGGACGAGCUGGUCAAUUACAAGAAGCUGAGAGGCUUGCAAUGACUAUACCUUUUGUGCCGGAUGCUGCAGUGUGGCGGUCACUGCUAUCCAGUUGUGCAUAUCACGGUGCAGCCGAGAUGGCUUGGACCAUGGCUAGAAGGUUAUUGGAACUUAACCCUCAUGAUGACUCGGCUUAUGUGAUUGCUGCCAAUGUGUUAUCAGUUGCAGGUAGGUGGGACGAGGUGGCAGAAGUGCGGAAGAUGAUGAAGGAUAGGGGGGUGAAGAAGGAAGGUGGGAGGAGCUGGGUAGAAGUGCGAGGGAAAGUACACGUGUUUUUGGCCGGGGAUAGAAGGCAUGAGAGGACAGAGGAAGUAUACGAGAAGUUGGCAGUGUUAAUGAAAGGGAUUGAGAAAUUAGGGUACGUGCCGGUUUGGAAAGAGAUGUUUCAUGAGGUAGGGGAAAGGGAGAAAAGGGAAGCUCUUUGGUAUCACAGUGAGAAAUUGGCAGUGGCUUUUGCAGUGGUGAGUGGAGCUGCACCACCCGGUAAGGCACUAAGGAUUGUGAAGAAUUUGAGGAUUUGUAGGGAUUGUCACGAGGCAUUUAAGUAUUUUAGUAGAAUUUUGGAGAAGGAGAUUGUUGUGAGGGAUGUAAACAGGUAUCAUAGAUUUUUAUAUGGUAGUUGCUCAUGCGGAGAUAUCUGGUAACACUUGUAGGAGAUGAGCCAUCUAGCAUUUUUAUUGUCACCAUUCGACGUUCGCUUAUAAAGAUUGUUUUUACGUA